AUGGAUGCCUCGAUGCUCUGCGGCGACGACUCUUUCGGUCCAGGAGUCAAAUCUGUUGACUGUCGCGGAGGCUUUGACUUCACUGCCUCCUUCGAAGAAGCCAUCUUGGCCAUCCUGCCCACCGCCUGUUUCAUUAUCGUGACGCCGUUCCGGACGCUGCAUUUGUUCCGAGGGAGGCUUCGAGUCAGAAAGAAUGCUCUUCACGUCUUUAAGCUGGGCACCAUCGCCACCUUCACUGCUCUGCAAAUCGCCAUCUUGGUGUUGAUAGCCGCAAACCCGACGUUCCGAACCCAUGUAUCACUGCCGUCGGCCGUACUCUCUGUAGUCGCAGCUGUGACUCUCGCUGUCUUGUCUCACCUCGAGCAUGCCCGAUCUGUCAGGCCGUCCUUCAUCAUCAAUCUUUACCUCAUCACCACUGCCUUGUUUGACGCUGUUCGGCUCAGAACUUAUUGGCUCAUGCGAGAAAACGACAUCCAUGUCCUUGCUGCAGUCAUGACCGCUUCUCUUGCGGUCAAGCUUGUGAUUCUGCUACUGGAAGCUACAGAGAAACGAUCUAUUCUCCUCGAUAUAUACAGCCGAUUCUCAAUCGAGAGUACCAGUGGACUGAUAAGUCGAAGCUCUUUCUGGUGGUUGAACUCGCUUUUGAUUUCCGGUCACAGGAUAGUCCUGUCUAUUACCGACCUGCCAGCCAUCCACGAAAAGCUCGACUCGGCAAGCUUGGGCAAACAAUUACAGUCCGCGUGGGACGAAUGUAAUCAGAGCAGAAAGCACGCUUUAGCCCGCGCUUGUGUGUGGAGUCUGCGCUGGGAGAUACCCGUGAUCUACAUCCCCAAGCUCUGCUAUGCUGCACUCAACAUAAGCCAGGUCUAUCUCAUUCAGAAUGCUGUGACAUACGUGCAGGGAGACGAUCCUAUCAACAGGGGAUAUGGGUUGAUUGGUACAUUUGCCUUGGUUUACACCGGAUUUGCGAUAAUGAUGGGAUGGUCAUCCCACCUCUCAUAUCGCCUCAUGACAAUGAUCCGAGGCCAGCUGACAAUGGUCAUCUACAAGAAGAUGUUGACACUUCCUACAGCCAAUGCUAACGAAUCGGCGGCGAUGAGCCUGGUGGGCACUGACGUGCAAAGAAUCGCUGAGACAUUCAGGGAGCUUCUUAUAGAGAUAGUACCGAGUGUGCUCCAGCUGGCCGUUGCCGUCUACUUGCUCUACGCUCAACUGGGCGCCGUCUGCGUUGCACCUGUCCUGGUUACAAUCAUUUGCACGGGUCUAUCAGUGCUCGCUGCUAAGCUCAUCACCUCCAGGCAGAGGGCAUGGCUCGAGGCCGUACAGAAGCGGAUCAACUACACAUCAGAGAUCUUAGGAUCAAUGAAAAAUGUCAAGAUACUCGGUCUCACUGGCCAGCAAACUGCAGGCAUUCAACAGUUUCGCAACAAUGAACUCGCUAGCUCGAAGAGAUACAGAAAGGUUCAAAGUCUGAAUAUAUCUCUAGUCAACCUCCCAGACACUUUUAACUCGUUCAUCAUUUUCGCAGCUUAUGCAGUGACAGCACAGCUGCGUGGAGACAGUGGAUUCUCGGUGCCGCAAGCGAUCACCUCUCUAGCAGCCUUGAAUCUUCUAUCAGCACCGCUUGGUAUCCUCUUGUAUUCGAUACCACAGGGUUGGGCUGCACUCGGCUGUUUCGGUAGGAUCCAGGAGUUCUUGCUUCUCCCUUCGCGUGUUGAACAGCGUAAACUGCCAUCUGUCGUGAGUACCGAUGACGAAAGUAUUCGGGAUCAGGAAUGGAUCGAGCUGCAGUCAACAAAACGACCGACAGUGAGCAAAAUCACCAUCAGUCCAGGAAGAUUUGCAUGGUCGGACUCAAACUCGCAAGCCGUCAAGCUGAACGUUCCUUUGGAAAUCGUUCCAGGGCUCACCAUCCUCGUUGGCCCGGUUGGGUGUGGCAAAUCGACAUUGUUGAAGGGUAUACUUGGCGAGACACCGCAUAUCUCUUGCCAGGUCAGCAUGCCGUCUCCAGAGAUCGCGUACGGGGACCAAUCCGUCUGGAUAAUGAAUGGUACUGUUUUGGAAAACAUCACUGCUGGAACUGGACAUAAUUUGGACGUCGAGUGGUACAGGACGGUCUGUCACGCGUGCGCGCUUGAUGUCGACUUCCGCCAGUUGCCGGACGGCGAUUCCACCGUGGUGGGAAGCAAAGGUGUAAAGAUGAGCGGCGGUCAACGGCAACGCAUAUCCCUGGCGCGAGCAUUAUACUCGCGGAUAAAGUUAGUUAUCUUCGAUGAUGUGCUGGCCGGGCUGGACUCUGUGACUGAGGAACUGGUGUUCAAUCGCGUCUUCGGUCGGGAUGGUCUCCUACGCAAGCUCAACGCCACGGUUGUUCUCGCCACUCACUCUGUGAAACGAUUACCGCAGGCCGAUCUCAUCCUCGUCCUGGAGCAGGAUGGCACACUUGUCCAGCAAGGUAGCUUCGAUGAGCUGAAUGCUUCUGGGCUCUACAUUCAGGAGAUGGAGCUCAGGCUAGCGGAUGAGAUUUCUGGCCGGGACGAUGAGCCCGUCGAUGAAAAAGAACAAGGCGACGGAAAAGAUAUACCAUCUGCAGCGGCAGCCGUUGAUGAGACCCGCAAGACGGGUGACUGGAUGAUCUACAAGUACUACGCACGCGCCUUGGGACCGCUCGGGCUGGCCUUUUUUAUUUUCCUUGUCGCCGGAACAUCGGUAUUCAAUGCAAUGAAGCAGGUCUGGCUCAACUGGUGGGCGAAUAAUAACCAGAACGGUGGCGCCCAAAAUCUUGGUUAUUGGCUCGGCAUGUUUGGAUUCAUAAACUUCAUGAGUGGGCUUUUUAUGGUUGGCGCAGUCGCGUUUCUUUGGGUCGUCAUGAUUCCGCGGUCUGGAAAGAACCUGCACCAAUCAAUCUUGGACGCUGUUAUGCGGGCGCCUCUGUCAUUCUUCUCCGAGACAGAGACUGGAGUGCUGGUUAAUAGAUUCAGCCAGGACCUGCGUUACGCUGAUAUGAGUCUCCCGGCGGCAAUUAUCAACAUAGCAUUCCAUCUUGGGGGCUGCCUGGCUACCAUAGCGUUGUCGGCCACAGCAGUGGGCUACUUUGCCGCCAUCUUGCCAUUUGUUCUAGCAGCGCUCUACGCUAUUCAGAACUUUUACCUCCGCACCUCCCGGCAGCUUAGACUAUUAGAACUUGAGGCCAAUGCUCCCGUAUUGGCACAGUUCAUUGAGUCCCUUUCUGGGCUCGCCACUAUCCGCGCCUACUCCUGGACUAGUAUAUACACAUCGAAAAGCACCAAUUUGCUGGAUACAAGCCAGAAGCCAUACUACCUUCUCCUCUGCAUCCAACGCUGGUUGGUACUAGUCCUCGACCUCGUGGUCGCCGGUUUGGCGGUGGUCCUCGUCGGCAUGGCAGUAGGCCUGCGAUCAAGCAUCAACCCUGGUUUUCUGGGUUUGGCAUUGGUCAACAUGAUGAGCUUGUCACACUCCUUGACGCAGCUCGUGCAAUUCUGGACUAAUUUGGAGACUUCCCUUGGGGCAAUCGCCCGAAUCAAGGACUUCGCUGAGAAUACACCCAUUGAAAGGUCGCUGCAGGAGUCAUCUGGUCAUCUGGAUGCUGAUUGGCCAAGCAGGGGUGCUUUAAGGCUCGAGGGAGUAUCUGCCAGAUAUAGCACUGUAAAUGAGUCCCCAGUCCUCAAAGACAUCAGCUUCUCGGUUCAAGGUGGCCAAAAAAUUGGUAUAGUUGGACGUACUGGAAGCGGAAAGAGCUCAACAGCACUUGCUAUUCUCGGGCUCAUCGAUAUUGUUUCUGGGCGAAUUGUUCUCGACGGCGUCGACCUAGCCACCGUCCCAGGGCCGGUGGUGCGGGAACGACUUGUCUGUCUCACGCAGGACCCAUUUCUGUUUCCCGGUUCCGUAAGGAGCAACCUCGAUCCGCUUGGGGUCUCCUCAGAUGAGCUCAUUGUCUCUGCACUGCAGAGAGUCGGCCUAUGGGAUGUCAUAAAGAAGAAAGCAGGCGGGUCCUCUUCGGACGUCUCCGUCGUCCUUGCCACAAUAAUGGAGACAGACACGUUCUCGCACGGCCAAAGACAACUGUUCUGUCUUGCUAGGGCUGUGCUAAAGCCCGGGAAAUUGCUGAUCCUCGAUGAGCCUACGAGCAGCGUUGACGGCGAAACGGACGUCCGGAUGCAAGAGCUCAUUCGCUCUGAAUUCCAAGACUACACGAUUAUAAUGAUUGCCCACAGGCUAUCAAGUCUUGUCGAUUUUGACCGAGUGGCUGUCCUCGAUGGAGGCAGCCUGGUAGAGUUUGGAAGCCCUGCAGAGCUACUCAGGGUUGGUUCGGGUCACUUUGCUAAACUGUACAAUAACUCUGUGACCACUGGCCGAAGAUAG